AUGGGCGACCGCGAGCGCAACAAGAAGCGGCUGCUGGAGCUGCUGCAGGCGGCGGGCACCGGCAACGGGCAGUGCGCCGACUGCGGGGCGCCGGAUCCCGACUGGGCUUCUUACAAGCUGGGGAUUUUCAUCUGUCUUCACUGCUCCGGCGUCCAUCGCAACUUCCCGGACAUCAGCAAAGUCAAAUCCCUGAGACUUGACUUCUGGGAUGACAGUAUUGUUGAGUUUAUGACCCACAACGGGAACCUCACUGUGAAGGCCAAGUUUGAAGCCAGAGUCCCAGCUUUCUACUACAUCCCCCAGGCCAACGACUGCUUGGUCUUAAAGGAACAAUGGAUUCGAGCCAAAUAUGAAAGACAGGAAUUUAUGGCUGAUGGGAAAAACACCUCACCCUCAGGUAACCGAGAAGGCUUCUUGUGGAAGCGGGGAAGGGACAACGCACAGUUCCUGAGGAGGAGGUUUGUUCUUCUGGCAAAAGAAGGCCUCCUGAAGUACUACACCAAGGAAGAGGGUAAAGGCCCGAAGGCUGUCAUCAACAUCAAGGACUUGAAUGCCUCCUUCCAGACAGAGAAGAUAGGGCACCCUCACGGACUGCAAAUCACCUACAGGAGAGAGGGCCACACAAGGAACCUGUUUGUGUAUCAUGAAAGUGGGAAGGAGAUAGUAGACUGGUUCAACGCCCUUCGUGCAGCUCGCCUGCAACACCUAAAGCUUGCCUUUCCGGAGCUCCCAGAGUCUGAGCUCCUGCCCCUGAUCACUAGGAACUACCUCAAACAAGGCUACAUGGAGAAGACUGGUCCAAAGCAAAGAGAACCUUUCAAGAAAAGGUGGUUUGCCCUGGAUCCCCAGGAGCGGAUGCUGCUGUAUUACAAGAACCCACUGGAUGCCUUUGAGCAGGGUCAGGUGUGUCUGGGGAGCAAGGAGCAGGGGUACGAAGUGUGUGAAGACCUGCCCAAGGGCGUCCGGGGAAAUCGCUGGAAAGCUGGGUUCACCGUGGUCACCCCAGAGCGAAGAUUCGUCCUCACCUGCCCCAGUGAGAAAGAGCAGCGAGAAUGGCUGGAGAGUCUGCGGGACGUCCUGGCUCGCCCCUUCUCGCCCCUCUACCUGCUCACUCUAUCAGCUGAGAGUGGCUGUGGCAAGAGGUGACCUAUCACUGAGGAGCUGGAUGGCUGCUUGAACCUCUGAGUUCCUGGAAAUAUUCCUGGUUGCACAACCCUGCAACCACCAUUUGCCCUGGAAUGAACUCAGUCAAGAUUGAAGAUGUGGUAUAGCCUCCUGCUUCCUAGGCUCCUUUCUGUUCUCUCUUUCCAGCCUUCGCUGGCUGUAGAGCUGUUACAGAGAUGAAUUCUAUCUCUUCAUACACACUCAGACUCGGAAGUCCUGAAGGCCCGGAACUUUCUCACAUCUGAAGUAGAGACAUUGCAAACUGGGUGUGGUGGUGCAUGUCUGUAAUCCCAGCACUAGGGAGGUUGAGGCAGAAAAAGUAACAUGAGUUAAAGGUCAGCCUUGGCUAUACAGUGAGUUCAAGGCCAGCCUGAGCU